UUUUGGGUACAUACUGUUUCCUUGUUGUUGUUCUGAGAUCGAUCGAUCGAUCAUCAAAUUCAAAUUGUUCGAUAUAUGCCUUUAAACAUCGAACAAUUUGAAAUUAAUUUUUAUAAAAGUGUUUCCAAGUGUUUCAAUUUUCUUCUGAAAUAAAGCACACUUUUAUUGCCAAAAUGGAAAAGACCAUCUAUAUGUCGAUCAUAUAUUUCAUGAUUUGUGCCAUUUGUUUGUUAUUGAUAAAAUCUGUACAUGGAACUCAUACUGAAUAUGAAGAUCUUGGUUUUUAUCCACAAAAAGAACAUUCACUUAUGAGACCAUAUCAAGGUACCGGUAUGACAAUACCUAAUUGGGAUAUAAUUGGUCAUACAAUAGUGUCCAGUAAUUUUAUUCGUAUUACACCGGAUCAACAAUCAAGACAUGGUGGUUUAUGGAAUAAAGUCCCAAUCACAUUUCCAUAUUGGGAAGUACAUCUGGAAUUUAAAAUUACCGGCCAUGGUAAAGAUUUGUUUGGUGAUGGUAUGGCAUUUUGGUAUGUCAAACAUCCAAUGCAGCCAGGCAAUGUAUUUGGUAGUGCUGAUUUUUUCUGGGGUUUAGGCAUAUUUUUGGAUACUUAUGCCAAUCAAAAUGGUGCACACGCUCAUACACAUCCAUACAUUUCGGCUAUGGUUAAUAAUGCUACAAUGGCCUAUGAUCAUGAUCGUGAUGGAACACACACUGAAUUGGCUGGAUGUGAAGCUAAACUUCGUACAGCUGAACAUGAUACAUACAUUGCCAUUAGAUAUUAUAAUGAUACAUUGACUGUAAUGACCGAUGUUGAUGGUAGUGGUGAAUGGACCGAUUGUUUCAUUUCGAAUGGUGUUUAUCUUCCAACUGGUCUUUAUCUAGGCAUAACGGCUGCAACCGGUGAUCUUAGUGAUAAUCAUGAUAUCAUUUCCAUAAAAACUUAUCGUCUAGAAACACCUAUUCAUCUGAUGGAUAAAUUAGAUCAACGAGCUAUGAUCAUUCCACACGCCUUAGGUUCGGCACAUCCACGUGAUCAUAUUGAUGAUGAUCAUUCAGCAUCCGGGCGGAUGAGUUGGCUACGGUUUUUCUUUUAUCUAUUUUUAACCAUCAUUGUUCUUGUUAUUGCCGGUGUUAUUGGAUUGUUAAUCUACCAAAAACGACAAGAAGUUUCGAGAAAACGUUUUUACUGAACACAAAAAUUCAUUUUAUGAGACAUUUUAUUUUCUUUGUAA